AUGGAAGAUAGUAGAUCAUCAAAUUAUAGAAGAAGAGAAAUGAAACAACUUGAUAUGGUUUAUUUAAUGAAAGUAGCACUUCAUGUCAAAGACAUGAAUGACAUUCAAAACAUUGAAAUGAUUAACAAGAAAUGUGGAAUUGCAAUUAACUCAUUGAAAGUUAAUCCGUGGUUUACAUCAGAAAGAGAUAUAAACAAGUUUUGUAACAUAUUUAAUCCACCAACAUGUAAUUGUAAUUUACUUCCUGUUGAUGAAUCAGUAUUAAUGAAAGUUGAGAAUAUUAGAAAUUAUGAAUUAGACAGUUUCUGUCGCACAUUAAAAAUAGUAAAUGCAGACAAUCAAUUUAAUCCACAAUAUCAAAAAAUGACAGAAGAAGAAAAGGAGAGAAUGGCUAAAAUUAUUCAAAAAGUUGAAUCAAUGACAUAUUUUUCAGAUAUUGUAGAAGAAAUGAUUGAACUUGUUGUUCAAAACAUGAAGAAAGGAAUUAAAAUAAGAACUUAUGAAGUUUGUGCAAAGAAAUUUGAUGAAAUCUUUGAUAAAAUGAAAAUAGAAGAAUCAAUGUAUCCAAGUGAAAUGAUAAUUUAUGGAAGAAUAAACAAUAAUUGGAUUAAGGCUAGAGAGAAUAAAAACAUUAUUAUCAUUUGCGAAACAAGAGGUCUCAUUGAACAAGAAAGUGAAAUAAGUAUACCAAAAGGUAUUACAAUUUAUUCUUCAAGUAUUCUUUUGGUGAAACCAAAUAAUGAAACAAAUAUUAAAUUUGUUAGAUCCAAGUGA